AUGGCGAUCGGCUCUGCCUUCGAUCGGCUCCGGGAGCAGGAAUUGCUUGUGGACGUCCUCCUGCGACUCGAUUUCCGCAGCGUCGCCCGGAUGCGAGUGGUCUGCUGCUCCUGGUACCGCAUUCUUUCCUCUCGCUCGUUUCUAGAUCGCCACGGGAAGCAGCAGCAUCAUGGCAUUCCCUGGGUGGUACGGACGAUUCUUUCCCGUGGCGCCCAAUCCGCAGUCCUCUGGCGCCCUUUCUCCGGCCGACCACUCGAGCCCACAUCUCUGCCUCUCGGUCCGCCUGGAGUUCCCUCUACAAUGUUUGCGAGCCAUGUCACGGCAAAUGGGCUCGUCUGUGGCACGCUUGCUGGGUGGCCGGAGACGAAAUGGCCUCGCUCACGGUCUCUGGCUGUGGGCAAUCCGCUCACAAACUCUUGGAAGGUGCUCCAGUGUCCCGAGAAGGUUUUCUUGAUCGAGGCGAUGGAUGUGGAUCUUGAGACAGGGAUCUACCGGAUUGCAGUGCUUAACAUCAUUGAUGAAGAGGACGUGGCCUACAUUCUCCAGUACAAUUCUGGCUCCGGAAGCUGGGCGCUGGGGGGAUCCACGACUGCUGGAGACCUGUAUAAUCCGGGUUACAACCAAAACGAGGCAAAGGAGGAUGGCUUUUACGACCUAGACACUAUGUCAUGGAAGCGGGAAGUGGUGAGUGAAGAUCCCUUCGGCUACUGGGACGGGAGUAUUUUGGAGGCAGGGAAGGUGACAAAGAUGGGAUACGGAGAGCUGCUCUAAGCGUGCUAGAAAAGGAUGAAGAGCUUGGUAAAUGGCUCACACUCAGCCAUACUCUCAUCCGGGAAAUACUUGGUGGUGAGUGGCCACUUGAUGACAUUGACAUUCAUGGUGAACAGUGGAUGGCCCAUCUAGCAGGCGAUGUGAUCGUUGUCUCCAGCCGCAUGUAUCCUUUGUUAGCGUUUCAUUUGGUGGAGAAGAAGUGGGAGUAUUGUGGCCACUCGGACGAGGAACUGGUCUUCUUUGCCAGUCUCAACUAUGGGAGAUCUGAAUUUCCAGACAUUCGGGCCUACACCUUCGCACCCAGCUUCGCAAGGCCAUGAAUCAAAGAAAAUAUGGCUUUUAUGUAUAAGUAUAAACUUUUGUGUUUCUUAUUCAUAAUAGGCGGAUGCCAAAAAUACCGGGGUUUAUAAAAA